AUGUUCCAUCGACGUCGCCCAGCAACAACAACCACUCGCACUUCCAAGCCAACGUUGAUGACCCGACUGAAGGGUCGCAACGCAAGAUCUCGAACGGUGAAGACUACAACCACCACUGAGCCAACCUACGGCCAUGGUCACACCAACGGCCGCAGUGGCCAUGCCUACGCCACGACCCCUGCGCAUCAUCACCGACGCAAAACAAGUCUAGGUGAUAAGGUAUCUGGGGCCAUGUUGAAGUUGAAAGGCUCAUUGACGCAUCGCCCCGGCGUGAAGGCUGCCGGAACUCGCAGAAUGCAUGGAACUGAUGGACGUGGAAGUCACGCACCUCGUGUUUACUGA